CAUUCAAGAUCGGGCAGCCUAAGAAACAGAUUGUACCCAAGACAGUUGAGAGAGAUUUUGAACGGGAAUAUGGAAAACUUCAACAGUUGGAAGAUCAAACGAAGAAGCUCCAAAAAGAUAUGAAGAAAAGCACAGAUGCAGAUCUAGCCAUGUCAAAGUCUGCUGUAAAAAUCUCAUCUGAUCUCUUGGCCAAUCCUCUUUGUGAACAACACCCUCAAUUUCUUGAAAUGGUGAUGGCUCUGGACACAGCAAUGAAAAGAAUGGAUUCCUUUAACCAGGAGAAGGUGAAUCAAAUCCAAAAAACAGUCAUAGAGCCCCUGAAAAAAUUCAGCGGUGUCUUCCCCAGUCUAAAUAUGGCGGUAAAGCGUCGCGAACAAGUCCUGCAAGAUUACAAACGGCUGCAAUCCAAGGUGGAGAAGUAUGAAGAAAAAGAGAAGACAGGCCCCAUCUUGACCAAAUUACACCAGGCCCGAGAAGAACUGAGGCCAGUGAAGGAUGAUUUUGAGGCCAAGAACAAGCAACUUCUGGAAGAGAUGCCCAAGUUUUAUAGCAGCCGCAUCGAUUAUUUCAAGCCCAGUUUUGAAUCUCUGAUCCGAGCACAGGUUGUAUAUUACACCGAAAUGUACAAAAUAUUUGGCGAAUUAACAGAACAGAUUGAUGAGCCUGACUUAACGGAUGAGCAGAGAGAAAAAGAGAGCGAAGCCAAGCUCAACGAGUUGAGGGCCCUCUCCAUCGUGGCGGAUGACUGAUCUCCGGCUUAUGAAUCCUUCGUGGUGACAGCUGAUGACGGAGUGGAUGAAGACAGGAAGUUGAAUAUUACUUCCGAUUUCUGAAAGCUUGAACCCUUUAAAGCAGAGGUCUCCAACUGUGGCAACUUUUCAGGCUGAGGAACUCUGGGAGUUGAAGGCCACCGGUCUUAAAGUUACCACUGUUGGAGAGCCUUGCUUUAUAAACCCUUGUUUUAACUCACCUGUUAAUCCACCAAUCCUUGUCCACCUGUUUUAAUCUAAAUUGUUAUUUGCCGCUGGCUCUUUACAUCCUGAAUGUCUUUUAUCUGUAUGAUUAGGGGACCGGAGGCUAAAACAUAUGAAGAACGGUUGCAGGAACUGGGUAUGUCUAGUUCAGAGGUCCCCAAACUUGGCAACUUUAAGACUUGUGGAGUUCAACUCCAGCUGGCUGGAGAAUUCUGGGA